UCAUCUUUCGGUUUAUUAGAAUACGCCUGUCUCGCGCGUGUGCUCUACUUCCUGGUUGAGCUGGAGGAUUUGUUUCAAUAAACAUGGAUGAAAUCGCAGCGAACGUGCGCACAAGUGACGCUGUAAAGGUCCCAGAGAGCGUUUUGCGCCGGGAUCAGGCGAGACUGGAGGAGUUAGAGCGUCGCAAAAAUGUCAAAGAGAGCCAGGAGGUUUCAGAGGAGAAAGUCUGUUACUUCAGGGCAAGUUUUAGCGCGGAGAAGACUGCUAUUGAGGAGCUGCUCUCCAGCUGCACACAGACUGACCGGCAGAACGCCACGGAGGUUUUAGAGGAGGCAACAAACAUGCUACAGCGCCUCCAAAAGUUCCUGAACGACAGCACGAUAUUUCUCACAAAGUACGAACUGAGACAGGCGCAGGAAUCUCUACAGCAACUGCAAGGCUCCAUCGCGGAGAAAAGGGCAGAGGGGAUGCCCAAAAAGAAGUUCGCGUUCCGGUCCCGUGGCGCCGGGGCGAGUCAGCAGGCAGCCGUCCCCUCUGCCGGUACUGAAGGGGAACCAAAGGCAGAUCCCGGGCAGACCGUGGUGGACUCUGUCGGCAGAUCUGAACAGCAGUGCGGCUUCUCAAAUGCCCACGACGAAGUUUUAAUCAAGAAGUCUGAAGAGAUCCAGCAACGCGAUGUUCUGUUGUCUCACCUUACGAAUUGCAAGGUCAGACUUUACGGCUCACCGAGUACCCUGCAUAUUAAAAAUGUAAGGGGUUGCCAGAUCCUCAGUGGGCCUGUGUCCAGUUCGGUUUUUAUUGAUGAGUGUAAAGACUCCACUCUGGUACUGGCCUGUCAACAGCUGCGCACUCACAACACCACAUCCACCCAAAUAUACCUCCAUGUGACUAGUCGAGCAAUCAUAGAGGACUGCCACGGAGUCUCUUUUGCUCCUUUUAACUGGAAGUAUGAUCUACUAGAGGAUGAUUUUCGAGUUUCUGGACUUGACCCCAAACGAAAUAAUUGGGCCCAGGUGGAUGAUUUCAACUGGCUUGCUGCUGAAACGCCUUCACCAAACUGGACUGUCCUUCCAGAUGAUAAGAGGACGACUUGUUGGGACGCUACCGAGCCAGAAGCAUGAUCUGGCAUUUUUAUCCUCUUAAAGUGUUGUUGAUUAAUGGCAUUAUCAAAUUCUAAUUAUCAUGCCUGUACUUAAAUAUUUUCCUAUUUAAUGCAAUGUCUUAUGCCUGCUUGUAAAAAUAAACAUGGCCAUGUUAAAUGCAUUAUGACUUUAUUUAUUAUUCACCCUUCUAGUGUUAAAGGUAACAUAGCAUUAUAAUAGUAACUGGUGACGGGAUCAUAGGCCACCAAGGCUCAUCCAUGCCUGCAAGGACAUAAGCCUAGCCUGUCUGGUCCGAUCCUACAGAAAAGCCACUGUAGCAAAAAUUGCCGAAAAAAGGCAAUACUGGCCAUGACAGAAAGGCACCAGAAGACCCAGUGCACCAUAGCUCACUGUGCAUGUAGUCCAGCAAGAAAAGGAGCUCAAGGUGACCAUACGAUGCAACGGGUAAACUGUCUGGUCCCCAAAGGCCCCACCCCACAACCUACAGCACCCAAAUGAUCCACCGCCAACAUUUCUGUGCCGAACACCACUCUCCCGAGAGAUCCUGCAAAGUCAAACCGGUGGCAAAAGAAGAACCAAAAACCUGUUUAAAUGUUAAUGAUUUUAAUGUCAUAGCAAAUUAUUAUUAUUAUGAAUGUAUAAUUCUAUAAUGUACUUUAGCUAAUACUUUUUAUGAUAUUUUAAGAAUGUGAUACAGUGAGACCUGGAUUUCUCGUCAUACUCAUGUUUAUUUUCACACUUUUCACGUUUCAGAAUUUGACAGAUCAUCAAGGAAACCCAUCUGACACAAAAAAAAUUCUCAAAUGAAAGAACCUUUUAUAGGUUUCACAAAAUUUAAAUUCAGUGUUAUGAUUUUAAAUCUGAUCUCAAAGUGUAUAUAAAUAUAUCAACUGUGACAUUGUUUGAGCCAGCAUGUAUACAUUACAGUUGUGCUCAAAUGUUUUCAUACCCUGGGACAAUUUGCUAAAUAUGUACCAUUUUUUUAAAAAAGAAAACCUAAGUGAGAAGGCAAAAAACAUUUUUUUAAUUCUUAGAGGACUUAAGUUUAUAUGUCAGGCAUAACAGAAUGGCACAAUCAUCAAACAAAACAUGACAACAAUGAAAAUGACUAAAUAAUCCCUGUUUAAAAGAUUGCAUACCUUUAGGUCUUAAUAUGGUGUAUUGCCCCUUUAGCAUCAAUGAUGGCAUGCAGUUUUUUGUAAUAAUUGUGCAUGAGGUCCUUAAUUCUCUCAGAUGUUAUAGCUGCCUGUUCUUCUUGUCAAAAUGCCUCCGGUUCCUGUACGUCUUUUUGGUUGUUUUGCAUGAACUGCAUGUUUGGGAUCUCAAAGUGACUCAAUGACAUUGAGGUCAGGAGAAUGUCAAGAAUUUUCGCGCUGUAAAAUGCAAAUUGUCUGCCAGUAUUUUCUAAUAACAUGCAUUCAUCUUGCCAUCAAUUUUGACUA